UCUUGUCCCCUCACCUCGACGCUACAGACAGCCGCCUCGCGUGCCUAUUGAAACGUUUCGCUAAACAACGGUCAAACGGUCCAAUAUUGGUUUCGAAUGAAUUAAGAGACUCGGUCCCUCCGAUCGCGUACCUCGUCGACCGCGUAUACGCGACAUUCUCGAGGGGAAACUGCCUUUUUCAGCGGUUUUGGUUUUUUAAUGGCGUUGUGAAGAAGCGACUAUGGCGGUUAGUCAACAGCAGCAGCAGGCCGCAAGCAAGCCGGCCGGUGGCAAACACGGCAACAAUUUGCCAUUAUGGGGAAACGAGAAGACGAUGAAUCUGAACCCGAUGAUUCUGACUAACGUGCUGGCGUCGCCGUACUUCAAGGUCCAGCUGUACGAGCUCAAGACAUACCACGAGGUGGUGGACGAGAUUUACUUCAAGGUCAACCAUGCGGAGCCAUGGGAAAAAGGCAGCAGGAAGACAGCGGGCCAGACGGGAAUGUGCGGAGGGGUCAGAGGAGUCGGGACGGGUGGGAUCGUGUCCACGGCGUAUUGUUUGCUGUAUAAGCUGUUCACUCUGAAACUGACUCGCAAACAAGUGAUGGGUCUCAUCACACACACAGAUUCGCCCUAUAUUAGAGCACUAGGCUUCAUGUACAUAAGGUAUACCCAGCCGCCUCCUGACCUGGUUGACUGGUAUGAUGAGUUCCUGGACGACGAGGAGGAGUUGGAUGUGAAGGCAGGAGGAGGGUGCAUGAUGACAGUCGGAGAGAUGCUCCGCUCCUUCCUGACCAAACUGGAAUGGUUUUCAACGCUGUUCCCACGGAUCCCCGUUCCUGUUCAGAAGGCAAUCGACCAGCACAUGAAGAGCAGGCCGCGUAAACCACCUCAAAGAGACGAGCAGGAGGAGGAGGAGGCGGCACCGGCCGAUCCUGGAAGGCAUGGAGAUCGCCGCAGUUCCAGGACUCCCAGGAAAAGUCCAAGCCCCAGGAGGUCCCAGAACCGUUCCCGAAGUCGCAGCCACCAAAAAGAAAGACGUGGCGCUAGCUUCGACCAUGAACUGGAGAGGGAAAGAGACAGACAGCGCAAAGAUAGAGAGGGUAAGGAUCGUGAUAAAGAUAGAGAUAGGGACAGAGAAAGAGAUAGGGAGAGGGAAAGAGACAGGGAUAGACAGCGUUCCAAAUCACCUGAGCGAACUGCAGAACGUAAACGCAGCAGGGAGAGACGGCGGAGUCACAGUGCCAGCCGCGAGCAAAGAAACGAGAGGAAGGAUAAAGAGAAAGAGAGGGAGGGAGAAAGCGAGCGUAGUCGCAGGAAAGACAGAGAACACCACAAAGAUCGAGGGGACCGGGAAAGAGAGGGUGAGCGCUCGAAGGACAAGAGGGGCAAAGAUGUGGACGAGAGAAAGCACAAAGAAGAAAAGGAGGAUAAAAAACACAGAGAAGAAAAGGAGGAUAAAAAACACAGAGAAGAAAAGGAGGAUAAAAAACACAGAGAAGAAAAGAGGAGCAAACGUUCGAGGAGCAGAAGCAAAGAAAGGAAGCACCGAACUGAGCGAUCUAGCAAGAAACGCUCUCGCUCUGGCAGUAGGUCCAGACAGGAAACAGGAGAUGAAAGAAACAGGAAGCGGGAAAGCAGCCAUAGCAAGGAACGGUCACACAAACGCAGUCGUAGCAAAGAGCGCUCGCACCGUGGUGAAUCCAGUAAUGGUCGAGAAACCGUAAAACAGGAUCAUCGCCGAAGCCUCAGUCCUGAAGCAGGAGAGAGAGCAAACAGUGUUCAUGCAGAAUCCCCCUGAUUCAGGUCCUUCUUCUCUCUCAAAUUCUUCACCGUAACUCAUUUUCUUUUGUCUUAUAGUGCACCUCUUGUGUUCAAGUAAACAAAUGGAAAUGCCUGGAGUUUUGGUUCCUUUGCACCUCUAUCCACCACUGGUGUAGAUAUCAGUGUUUUUUUUUCUGUUGCCCAUAAGUGUCAGGACUGAAAGUGGCAUUUUAAAAUCCUUUUUUAAUUCUUGUUUUCUGGUUUCACACAAAUGGCUUUGUACAUAGAGCUCAGAGAAUGUUUUAAAUUUGAACAGAGUCGAGUUUGUGGCACAGAGCUGCUGUAAGCUAUGCUGAUAUUGUGCUGUUUGGUUCAUUGCUCUGUUGCAUCUCGUUUUCUAAUAAAAUUCUUGUAUGAAACUGA